AUGAAACCCGGCAAUGUUCUUGAGGUAUGUGUAACUGAUGAAUCACACGAUAAUAAGGGCAAAAUACAUCUAUAUUGGAAAAUGAUUAUACAAUACUUCAUUGGACCUAUAUCUGUUUUAUUUCCAAUUUUUAUAUAUUAUAUGGCUAGUGAAGACCUUUUCAAUAGAAGUAUUCCUCUUAGACUCACUACUGUCAUUCUUCCGUUUUCAUAUUCAGCGGAAAGACACUUUUUUUUAUUUCAUAAGAAUUGGAUGUCAGCCUAUAGAUUCGAAUUGAAAUUAGACAAAAUACUCUAUUCUAUUCUCAAUCUUUUUUUUCUUGCAUUUUUUUAUUAUCUCUAUACUAUCGACUAUUUUGUUCUCGAUUGCUAG